AUGCAGGUGCAUUUCCACCAUGCCCCUACAGUCCAGAUUUCCGUCGCAGAUAGAUGUGCUGUCUCACAUAUUUCUAAAGAUAUUUCAGAAGCGAGGAGGACCGAUAGGAGGAAGACUGCAGACCAUCAUGGGACCCAUGGCUCAAGCAAGACAGAAUUUUGUUUUUGGUGUACACAUUUGAUUAGGGAACAUUUUAUUCUUAAAAUAAAACUUGCUCUGCUUGUCACCCUUAGCCAGGUUGAUGAUGUUGAUAGUGGACGAGAAUGUAUUAUCAAGGGGCUCUGCGUGUACCUCAACAAGGACCGGGACAGUUUAGUGAGAGAGUAUGUGGCGAGUACAAUUAUAAAGGCUGCAGAAGAAGCCUUCGUCCAAGGAUCCAUUGAGGAGGCCACAGUGGGAAUCUACGUUCUCAAACACAGAGAUGCCCAUGACAGACCAGAGGACGUUGGGAUUGUCCUUGAGGGCCAGAUGGUCUUACAAGAUUUGGAUAACUUUGCAUCAGCUGCUGCGAUGUUAUUUGGACUAAUGUACACUUUGAACCUGAACUACGCACCUGAAUUGAAGGAUCACAUUGAGGUACUGCAGAAAAUGGUCAUGGAGCGGGAAGGCAGCACACUUUCAAAGAAAGCACAAAUCCUCUGGAACAGACUCUAUGAGUGAGCGGUCCAUGUUAUGGCAGGCGGGCACAAAGUAGUUUCCUGUGUUUGCCUCCUGGAAUUUAUUUAUUAUUUAAUUAAUGUUAAUGACCAAAUUCAAGAUGGCCCUUUAAUGGUUUGCGGGUAAUUUUGUGUUAUUAAUAUUUACUUUAUACUGUCAAAGUUCUUAUUGUGCAAUACUGUGAUGUUAUGAGCAAACAAGUACGAACUCUUAAACUUUGAGCCUGUUAAUGAUGUUACGGAGGAUUCAUUGUUCAAGUUUUUUGAGGUGAACAAUUAGUUUUUCUUUUUGGUCUGUUCAUUGUGCUCUCAUGUGGGGUUUGAGUCCUGCUAUGGGAGGUGUGGCUUAUUUAAAUCAAACCAGCAUUAGUCUCAUUAGCAAUAUUAAUAGCCACACCUCCUACUGCUUUACUUUGUGUUAUUUUACUAAUUGCACGUCCUGUUGCCACAGUGCCUUAUUUUCCUAAUGGCUCUUAAAAUGACAAAAAUGUAAGUUUAUUUUUUGACGUAAAGAUGAUAUUUUAAGGGCUUACGGUGUUGCAUUG